CUCGCCGUAAGAAACUACCCACCAACAUUCCAAUUGUAUCAAUAAUAUGAAUAAAACCGAGAGCGAUGUCACUGCUACAUGGUAGUCACGUAAAUGAAGCUAAACCAUUCGCUAGUAUUUCCAUACGGCGGUAAUUUUCUCCUGGACAUCAGCAGGAUUAUUAAUUAUUCACGUAUUGUUCGACUGACGUCGCUAGUCUGCCAGACAAACGGCUUUGUAUAUGCACUCGGCGUGUACAGACUUCCGUUGGUAACAAAUUGGACUUCAUACCGAGUCUGAUAUGAUUCGAUGUCAGGUCUAUUAUAUGCGGUGUUGAUAGAUUGUGCAGUUGUGCGGCGUUGAGCACAUGGUAAACAGAUGUACGUACAGAUGUGCUCAUAUUCCCCCUCUGAAUGACAUGGAAACACUUCCUUUGCAGAUGUGGUCAAGUCGAAGCUUUCUGUGAAACUUGAAUUCGACCUUCUUGGGUUUUUCCAUAAUACGUUUGGUGGACAUGUGCAGCUAUAAUAAUAUUCAUUGUGGAGCAAUUGCAGGUAAACACCAGCGCGUGCGUGAUAGUCGUUUCACUCCCGACGUCGUCUGUGUUUCUCGGAAGAAUUUUCAUUCAGAAUUUGUUCGAAGUGAAAAGAAUUUUCAGCGGGCACUGUGAAGGCAAGAAGUGAAACGGAUCUGAAGAUGAAUUUGGUGCAGAUGUGUAUUCUGGGACUGUAUGUUAUGGUGAUCACUCUAGUGCAAAUGAAGACACACAUUACACAUGGUCAACUUACCUGCGCAUGUACGACUCCAGCAUGUAACGAUACUGGGAGUGUGACGUGUAGCGCUGUGACGUCAUGCUACACGCAAUAUCUUGAUCGGCGUGACGGAAGUUCACCAAUCACGCGUGGUUGUAUCGACGAGAAAACGCCGUUGCUUUGUGAAAACAGGAGACCGUUUGUUCACGUGACACCUUGGCCACAUCUUCAAUGCUGUAAGGAAUCGAUGUGUAACGCAGAUACUGUCAUCAUAACACCUCCUAUGUGGCCGAGGAAAGCUUCACAGAGUACCACAGCCCAAGUCUUUCUACGGGACAGUCAUCCUCAUGAAAAUUCGAAGCUACCAGCCCAUGACUCUGAACAAUACACUGAUGACAACUUUCAACAUCCAGUAAUGGUCAUUGUUCUGCCCGUUGUUGCUUUGUGUCUUUUUGUCAUCCUGCUCAUCGUUGUUAUCGUAGUGGUCAGACAAUCACGCACACAUCACAGAACUGGUGAAUCUGGCGCCAAUAUUCACGCCGCCGGGUUACCCGACAGUCAUUGCAGGGGCAAGUUUUAUAACACUGGUGACCCGUACAUCAGGGAGAAGUUUUUCAACAGCGUACCAGUUUGAUGGUUGGUUUCGAUUGAAUGGCAGGUGCUAGUAUGGAUUUACCACUUGCUACAGGGUGAAGUGAUGGGAUUCAACUAUUACAGAUAUUAGGUUGUUUCUUAUCGAGUGAUUAGUCCUGCCUUAGAGUAGAACUUACAAGGCAUCUGAUUGGCUCAAUUGCAAGAUAUUUGAAAACGUUAAUGUAAACAGAAACGUUGGAAAGAACCUUCAACAAGUGUAGUCGUCUUUGCCAUUUGAACAAUAGGAGAAGAACGAUGGAUUUCUCGGCCCGCCUUUUCAAGACCAAGCUUCCAAAUCGUAAACUUCAUUUAGUUUUAGGCCUAGUUUCAGGUUUCAUGUCAGAAGGCCGCACAUUUCAUGUUGCAGAUUUGUCUCUUCAAUCAUAAAAUCCGUUUAUGUAGAGGGCUAUCACGUACACGUUACACGAAUUUGAAUACGUUGUAUCUCUAUCUACAUCAGCUUACGAUCAGCAGCAAUGAACAAUUUGUUGUAAGUUAUUUUUUUUUCUAAUGGACGACCAUAAUGUCUUGUAAGUAGACAAACAUAAAUAUAAUUUUAAUAAUCAAAAAUUGCUAUCAACGUUUCUAACUGACACUUGCGAUUUGGUGCGCAUUAUAUUUUCAGUGAACUAUAUAUAACCCAUAUUUAAAAACUCAUUAUUUUCAUAAUUAUUUAUUUCAGCAGGUCAGCAUGACCUUCUCCCAAUUCCAUGAUCCCGGGUUCCCUUCAUCUAUCCUUUCCUACCACCCACCCUUUGCCCCUAGGCUGUCCUCAUAAUAACCACCAGAGACAUUUACUAGAGUCUUGCCUUUUCCAGGAUUCAUAAUUCUCAAGAUUCUGUUCCAACGCUUGUCACUCAUCGGUCCAAUAUAGCUAAUUAUAAGGAGCUAAAAAAAAUGGGUUUUCGAUAACAAAUUUCCUAAUCGAAUUAUUGACAGUUGGGAUUCAAACCUUCCCGACAAGAUCGGUUAUUUUGCUCGCAGUAAUUACCAUGCAUGAGUCACUAAUUUAUAUUUUCUCACCGUGGAACCUGGGUGAGGUGAUCAAUGAACCUUUUUACACCAAUUGAAAACGAUGGUUAUCACGUUUGCAAGGGAAUAAAGUCGUCAUUGUAAAUAAAAAAAACCUGGGAAUUAUUUAAUUCCUAUCAAAUUCGCCGACAAACUAGUCAACGCAUUAUUUUUAAAAUAAGACUUUUUCGCAAUAUUUGUGAGUCAGCUGUUUUUCCAAUCACACAGGUCAAUAUUUUACUCACUUAUACAAUGAUUACUUGAUGUCAAGAGGUUCAACCUUCCUCAUGAAAUCCCUCUUCAGGAAGCCGAGACACGUAGUGUGACUGCAAACGCUUUCGGGCUCAUUUCCCCAUUCAUGUACACCUCAUGUUUGCAAGUGUCUUUUCUUCCUCACUUUGGGUGUCUGGUUAGUAUGACUUUUGACGGACAACGGAUGUUAUGGAUUAUAAACAUGUGUGAAGAGAAGAUAGCUCAAAGUUUUCUUAAAUAAAAUCCAUAGACCGACCAUUCAUAUUCUGUUGUAAAUGAGUAUCAGCAACCCAUUAUUUCAUUCUCUUUUGGCAACAGAGAUCCUUUGAGGGUCCUUUGAAAGUGUGAUGACUGUUUGAAGGUUUAGUGUGGUAGGUAAAUAUUUGGGAAAAUUGCAAAACACGCACACACUUUACCAAGUGAAUGUGGCACAAAAAGGACUUUCUUCUAAAGGUAAACUGAGCACGGUUUGUGAUAUGAUG